AUUCAUUCAGGAUUGUGGCAGACUGGCUGACCAAGCAUGAUCGAUCUAACUACGCUUCUCUGGGUGUGGCCAAUGAUUGUCUUGCUGCCUUCUACUACCGCACCUGUCUCGAUGGAACCAUGGACAGCGAAAAUGGAGACGAAAUGAACGAGGUGGAUGAGAUGGAGGACGAGAUGGAGGGCGAGAUGGAGAUGGAUCUUGGAGGCGAGGCUUACGGUGGUCUGGGUCUUGGCCAGUGGCUAGACUCUGGCGAGUCGGAGGGCUCGAGCCCUGAAUCGGUCGCGAGUGCAGACCGUCCGAUUCCGUCUAUCGAAGUUGAAGAUCCAUGAGUAGAGCCAAGGAAGUUCGGGGCUCAAAAGCGCCGUGGCCUGCUUUAUCUGCUUGUCCGAUUUCUUGAUCCACCAGUAAGGUGCCCCUGCAUUUCGUUCGGCUGCCGCAUUGCAUCUCAACAGUUUCGACUGCCGGGCAUGUUGUCGAUUCGAUUUGUGAACGGCAACCCGAGUGUCUGUGAUUCAUUCGUCUGAAAUGCGUGGUGUUUCCAACGACAUGUCGGACAAUCGCCGAUGGGACUGGUAAAAGGGUCUUACCGCCUCACUCAAGAGAUGCGCAUAUCGGCAGGGUACCAUAGAGAAUUCGAAAACCACCAUAAUAUUGGGGCGAGCCAUACUCCAGUUGUUUGGAAAGUGAGG